CUGGUUUGAACUGAUUCACUCAAAAGAUUCGACUCAUUAGAACAAUAUUAUGUUCACGAUUCAGACAUUGAACAACAAACAGUGUUAGAAACAUGGCUGAGGAGACAGUGUUAGCGGGCACUGGACUGGCACAGCGUGUACUGAUGUUACUUGGUAUUCGUAGUUUCUUCUACAAUGUUUUCAGUUUCUUGGACAAGACAUUGAGAUCAUGGUGGAUCACUGGCUGGCUGCCUUCAUGGUGCCCAACAUCACAGAGCCAACUGAAGGAAGCGGAAGAGAAGAUGCUGCAUUACAUUACAAGCAAGUUCUGCAGGCAGUUUGUCCACAUAUCUGACAAAAACUCACUGUGGACAUUGGUAUUUAAGGGGCCAAUGGAAAAUAAGACCCCUCUGGUGUUGCUGCAUGGAUGGGGCGGUGUGGGACUCUGGGCGCUGAACCUGGACUCUCUCUCUCAGCAGAGGCCUGUUUAUGCCUUCGACCUGCUGGGCUUUGGCCAGAGCAGCAGACCUCACUUUAACACAGAUGCGCAGGAGGCUGAGCUCCAGUUUGUGGAGUCCAUCGAACAGUGGAGGGAGAAACUGGGCUUGGAAAGUAUGAUUAUGUUAGGCCAUAACCUAGGAGGAUAUCUGGCUGCGUCCUACGCAAUCACAUACCCAAGCAGAGUAAAGCACCUGAUUCUGGUGGAACCGUGGGGUUUUCCUGAGCGUCCUGACCCCGGAGACCAAGAUAGACCCAUUCCUGUUUGGAUCAAAGCUAUAGGGGCAAUGUUGAGCCCGUUCAACCCUCUCGCCGGUCUAAGAUUGGCUGGACCUUUAGGCCCUACUCUUGUGCAGACUCUGAGACCAGACUUCAAAAAGAAAUUUGCAGCUGUGUUUAAUGACAACAGAGUGACCGAAUAUAUUUACCAUCUUAAUGUCCAAAUACCAAGCGGUGAAACAGCCUUUAAAAACAUGACCAUUCCGUAUGGCUGGGCAAAGAGGCCCAUGCUGCAGAGAAUUGGCCUGAUUCACAACGACAUCCCCAUUACGGUGAUCUAUGGCUCACGCUCCAGCAUAGAUGGCCACUCCGGCAAUUCAAUCAAAGAAAUGAGGCCAAACUCCCAUGUAGAGAUCAUUGCCAUACGAGGCGCAGGACACUAUGCAUACGCUGAUCAGCCAGAGGAUUUCAACCAGAAGAUACUUCAUGUCUGUAAAAGCACAAGCUGAAGAGUGAUGAUGAAGGUACAGGGUAACUGUCAGGAACUCUACACACAUGGCUUUGUGCAGAACCUGUGAGCAGCAGAUUAUCUUCGUGGCAACCUAAUUUUGGACCUGAGAGUUUGAAAGCCACGCGGUCUGCAAAGCAGAUGUUCGUUUUGCACCACUACUGAUUUUUUUUUAGGCAUUUUUAAGUUUGCACGUCACGUAAUUGUUAUGAUUAUCGGUAUGGAAUAAUGUUUAUAUUUAGAAAAAAAAGCGUUCUUUGAUUGUGAUAAAAAUAAUUAUGGUUUAUUAUAAAAUAUACACCGUUUAGUGAAUAUUAGCUUUAUUUUUAUGGAAUUUAUAUAAUCCACAGACAAAAUUCGCCAAAUUAGGCACUUAAAUGAAAUUAUCAUUAAAAGUCCCUUGUUAAUCUUUUUCAACAAUAUUAAUAUUUAUAUACACUUUUUCAUCUUUUGUGUUUCUAUUCAUUUUAUAAAUAUGGGCAGCAAUAACUGUAUUUUAGAGCUUUUUUGUUUGUUUUCUACCUCAUGAAACUGUAAAAUUGGAUUAGAAGGGAGACAGACAUGUGGAGCAACAGAAAGCAUAUGUGUUCUAUGGUCAUUACAUUUUCAUGUAAAUUCCUACGAAAUCUUUUUUAAGUGCCUCAGUUUUUUUUAAACGUUUAUAAAUUUUGGCAUUUAAAAUCCGUCAAGCCCUGCAGGCCGGUGUUACAGUUUUCACAACAAGCCCCAGGUCACAGUCUGUUAAGUAUUCAGGCAAAAUAAAUGCAAUGCACGCUUUAGUGAUAAAUGGGCAUUUUUUUAGGGAACAGUGAUUUUUAAUGUCAGUAAUAAUGUUAGACUGUCAUACGGAUUUUGUAAAUAACAUUUGUUCAAAUUUAUAUUUUGUCUAAUCUAUUUUUCAUGUGCCAACUCGGAUGUCUAUUGUUAAUUUUAAUAAUAAUAAACUUCUUUUAUGAGUCUCUUGAA